AUGACCACCAAAAUCAAAGAAUACGAUCCCAAGAAUAUGAUCUUCCGCAGGCUGGGAAAUACGGGCCUGAGGGUACCAAUUCUUUCCUUGGGCGGUUGGUUAAGCUACGGGGGAAGCGUCAACGGCUCCCAAGUCAACGAUAUCAUCAAAGCCGCAUUUGACGCCGGGAUCAACUUUUUUGAUACCGCAGAGAGCUACGGAAACGGCUCUUCCGAGCUCGAGAUGGGCCGUGCAAUCAAAGAACUUGGACUGCGCCGUUCAUCGUUGGUCAUUAGCACCAAGCUGUUCAACGGAGUAGGACGCAAAGGCCCGAACGAUCGUGGUUUGUCUCGUAAACAUUUGAUUGAAGGGAUGAACGAAAGCCUUGAGCGUUUACAGAUGGACUAUGUUGAUAUUGUAUUUGCUCACUGCCCGGAUCCCGACGUACCAAUGCUCGAGAUCGUUCGUGGGUUUACGUGGCUCAUCAAUCAGGGCAAGGCCUUCUACUGGGGAACUAGCAACUGGAGUGCUAUCCAGAUUGAAGAAGCUCAUCAUGUUGCGCAUGCUCACGGACUUAUUGCCCCUGCGGCGGACCAAUGCUGCUACAAUGCCUUCAACCGUAAGCGCGUCGAAGAGGAGUAUCAACAUGUAUACGAUCGGUACAACUACGGUCUCACGACCUAUAGUCCUUUGGACGGAGGGUUCUUGACAGGCAAAUACAACUCUGGAGAGAUUCCCCAAGACUCUCGCUACGCUACGAGCCAACAGGACCCAUGGAUCGCCACUCUGCGCGAGCUGCUUAAAUCCGACAAAGGUAAAGAGCGUAUCUCCAAGGUCAAGAAGCUCGAGGUCAUUGCGAACGAAUUACAAUCUGAUUUGGCGACAUUGUCGCUCGCUUGGGUGAUGAAGAAUCCGCAUAAAUGA